UUUCUUCUUCUUAUUUUUAUUUGUUGCUUUAGUAAAGUGGACACCUUGAGCAGACAUUAGUUAAUACUGUGCAUGCCCAUUGUAUCAUACCUAUUAGAAAACCUAACUUUGGUAAUCAAAUUCCCUAUAAAUUGCUAAGCAUUCUAUAGCAAACAUGCACAUCUUUUCCUCUUCUCUCUCUCUCUUGCUAGUUUGCUUAUAGUGUAUUCUACACUAUCUUCUCCUUCUUCAACCAUGUCUGGUUAUGGCUGGAACUUAACCCAAAUCCCUAAAAGGCCUUACAAUCCUUCACAAAUAGCCUGUAGGAUAUGUAACCAUGUGUUUAUGAGCACACAAGCUCUUAUAGCUCAUAUUGAAACUCACAUGGUAGAUGAUAGCUCUGCCUCAAGAAGGCAAUCAAAUAGCCUAAGCCUCAUACCUUAUCAAAGAAAUAACCCUUAUAACACCAACCCAUCAUCAUCAGCUUCUUCUAUGCCACCAAACUUGUUGUCUUUUAGCCCAAAUAGCUAUAAUUUGCCAUCUUUGCAAGAGACCAGAAACAACCCUAUGCUAAGUGGCAACCCCCAGAUGGUUUCUCCAAGGCCAAUUUUUCCUCCACAGCCCCCACUUUCUUUGUUGGCUAUGAGGAAGAACAACAACUACCCAUCAAUUGGUUCACAGCUGCAGAUUUCUGUAGCUCUAUCGCAGAGGAAAACCAUGGAAGAGCACCCAUCUGUUGAUUGCACCAAGCCAUUUAUUGAGCAACUGGACAAACCCUACUCUUCUAAAACUGAAAUGAAGGAUGAUAACAAAUCUGAUUUAGAUAUGCUGGACUUGACCUUGAAGCUGUAGGAAGAUUAGGGUUUAUGCUAAAACCCUACUUUAAGGGUUUACUUGGAUGUUCUCUUUUCUUUUUUAUGUUUAGUUGAAAAAACAAAUAACCAAGAGAGUCGAGACUUGUUGUAAUUCUUCCAUAUCAUAGUUUAUAUCUAUGAACUGCUUUUUCUCUUUUU